AGCUCAUGACUCUUGCUGGCACUUCCUUGUGGAUUCCCAGGACCUCGCGUAUCUCUCCUUCGCAUCAGACGGGCACUGCACGCUCCUCGGUGGCCCGGCACGUGCGAGAGAGGAAGCUACAAGGGCCAGCAGUUGCAGCUGCUGCUGCUUUCGUGGCAAAAAGGCGGCGCCAAGGCGGCCGCAUGCCCACAUGCCGUCUGGAGCUGAUGGGCCUCCCUGAUGCCGCAGCAUAUCAACGGCAUGCGGCGGGCUUGCUUCAAAAGGCCCGAGCUGCCGGUGUACUCUCAGGCUUGAAUAUUCCGAACAAGAAGCCUGGGGAGCCGUUGCUGGAAUGGGCAAAGAUCCUUGUGAGAGAGCUACCUGGUGUGGAGGUCACGGUGCAUUACAGCUUGAAGCACCAGCGGAGCCCCCGUGUCGUCGAGGACUUCCAAGACUGGUGUCAGCAGGCGUCCAGCGCUGGAGUCCGGCGAGUACUCCUUGUCACCGGCCCCAAAGGCCCCCGCCAGGAUGCCGUUUGGGUCCUGCAACGUUUGGAGCGGAUCGAGGGCCUUCGCUUGGGCGUUGCCUUCAACGCUUGCCUCCCCACAGAGGCGGCGAGAGAAGCUGAGCGGCAGCGCUUGGUCCAAAAGCUCCGGUCUGGGUGGGUGCAGGAUGUGUGGUUGAACACUGGCGACGAUGCUGAGCUGUUACGGCAUGGCAUAGACUUUGUGAGAGAGACUGGCCUGAAGUUGGGCGUCCAACCCGAGCUCUUUGCAUCAGUGAUGCUGCCCAGUGCGGCGCAGCUGCAACAGAUGCGCGAGCGGCCGUGGAACGGCGUCCACUUCAGCGAGGAGUUCCUGAGCUCCGUCCAGGGCAUGGGCCGGGCCUCCAGCCGAGCACUGGCGGUGUUCGGGGAUGAGGUGGAGCCCAUCGUGGAGAGCAAGGUCCGCAAUGCUGCAGACCUGAGCAAGCUGGUAGCUUAUAUCGACCAGGACACCCAGACAUUGUCUUCAAUGCUGGAGGAAGAAGAUUCGUGCGGUCCCGCUAUGCCGAGAACAUGCAAUUUUGCCCCUGAGUCGAGACUAGGCCGGAGCCGCGACGGCGAGGCCUCCCGCAUUCCGCGGCGCUGGGGCAAAGCUUCGAGACAUGCCUAGGAUGGCCGAAAGCUCCCAAGCACCUUGUACAGGCGUGCCAGGGACUCGGAGAAUCAACGACCCA